AUGGCCACAAAGGAGGCAACGGAUUUCUAUGGCUCUACUCCGUUGGGCGGAAUUUUCCGAGCAAGAAGCCAAAACAUUGGUAUGCUGAAUGCGUCCCGUGGUGUGGGCCUGUCUAAGUCUUCGCUGGCAUAUUCGCAGCACAGAUCUCAAAAGGGUCGUGAUGAGAUUAUUACUACAGAGGCAUUCCCAGAGAUAUCAGACGAUGAUGAUAUCUCAAUGAACUCUGUAUCCCUGGAUGACCAAGACUGCGAGGGUUGUCCAAAGGCACAAAUCGACGAUGGGCGGCAUGGAACCCCCUCUGUGGCUCCCAGUUCAAGCAAUCUCUUUGUCCGGAUGGUUCAGGCAAUAAACGAUAAUAGUGGAUUGCAAGCAAUCUUGGCCGUUGCCACGCUUAAGUCGACUGAUUUUACGGUUCUCAAGACUCGCCAGCUCUUCCUGACCGCUGGAGGCAUUUCUUCACUGCUCCGCGUUGUCUCGACAGUAUCUCUGUAUCCUAUUAAGCCAGCGGAGGACGGGGCGACCCAAGACACUCUUAUCAGGAGCGAUCCAAAGUUGGCUUAUGAAAGUCUCUUCAUUCUAGCUUCCUUAGCCGACCUCACACAUGACUCACGGAAGAUGAUCAUUGAUAAUGACGGUUUGAAGAUUGGCUUGUCUGUCGUUCGAGCACAGUUUUCGUCCCAGAUACCCUUUGUUGCUGGAAUAAAGGCGAGAGCCCUUCGAAUGAUAGCUGGCUGUCUUCUAAACGCCGAGUGUCGACGCACUGCACGGAAAAUAGGGGCCGUCCCUAUAAUUAUUGGAUUGCUGCGUCAAGCGAUGAAAGACUACCAAGCAAAACCAUCUCCUGAGGCAGGCUCUAUCCUAUAUGCAACAGCAUCCGUGCUAGAUUCACUAAUGGGGUCUGCAAAGUGUAGAGAGGCCUUCAGACUGGAAAAUGGCAUCAGCGUCUUGGUUCAGAUCAUUUCGGAGAUGCCCCUUACGUUUCCCAUCACUGACGAUAUGUCACAAUUGACUGGAGACGCUGUUAAGGAAGGCAACCCUCCAGAUUUUCUCUUUGAAACAGUAACCACUACUCUCAGGACCCUUUCUCAAUCUAAAGCAGGCCGUCAAGACAUACAUCACUUUGGCGGUAUCCCUAAGGUGUGCUCCCUUCUGCAAAAAACACAAAGUGCACGUGUGAGGCAGCGCUCUGUUGCCAUUUUAGCGAAUUGCGCCCAAGAUCCCGGUGUAGACUCGGCUGUACGAAAAGCUGGUGGUCUUGCCGUGCUCAGUUCACUUUUAUUAUCCCAAGAUGUUGAUACCCUUUUAUCUGCGUGCAAAACGAUUGUGCUGGUCUGUCGUAGUGGACCAUAUUUUGGCAGCUAUGAUGAUUCAAUGGUCUAUGGUGUUCAUAACGGGUAUCUUAGUUUUAAUGCACGCAACGAUGAAAACAUCCUAGCUUUAGUGCGCUACAAGUCCAUUACUAACCUAGCAGCACACAUAGAAGUGAGCCUAGAUGUUCUAGGCGUCAGCGAAAAUCCAUCGGCAAAUCUGAUUGUGACAGCUAGUGCUGAUGAAAAGGACCAAAUACAAGUUUCCCUUGCAAAGCAAAAGAGACUCUUGGUUCUCAGCGCAACCCGUGCUCUCGUCCCUCUUCUAUCAUCCAAGGAGGGUCGCGCUGCAUUUAGGGCCAGCAAACAGCUUUUCAAUGCGUUACUUAUGCACAUCAAUGUCGCUGAUCCAGAAGUUAUAACUGCAACAUGCUUUGCGCUAGGAACUGGCGCCGAGGGAGACCCAGAAACGUGCAAACAGAUAACGGCUCAAGAUGGCUUGAAAAAGCUCUGGUCCCUUAUCAAGCAUCCAAAUCUUCUUGUAGUGACAGCUGUAGCUCGUGCGUUAGUGCCUUUGCUCUAUGAUAAAAGUCGUGCUCAGGUGGUUGGUCGGCAAAUCAAUGGGUCUCUAGAGCAGCUAAGCUUACUUCUUAAGUGCCCAACAGUCCUCGAGAAUUCAACAGACUCAAUUACAGACAAUACAUAUCGUAAGUACCUGACAUUAGAAUGUAAGGGUUGGUUGACAGGAAUAGUUGCAGAACUUUGCCGAGACGAGGAGAAUGCGAAGAUAUUGACAGAGUAUGGUGUGUUACCUGUUAUCUGUGACUUAACACGGCAGUACUCUGUGUCUGACGCGAAGGUAGACCAUCCUUAUGCUUUUCACGCUUUCCAGCUGGUGCGUGAAAAGUGUGCUCUGGCACUAGCAUCUCUCUCCAAGAUAGAACCUAACAAGAACGAAAUUGCAACUCUCGGGACAAUACCUUCCAUUGUACGCUUCAUAACAGCAACAGACGGCACUUCUAUUUUCGACCCCAUCUCUCAAGCUGAAACCACUGUCGUCGGCGGGCCAGUUAUUGAAUGCCCCAACCAGUAUGGGUCUUAUGUCAACUUCAAGGAAGCAUCUAGUGUCCUUGACGUAAAUGCACCUGUUGAUAAAGAUCCGCAGGCCACAGAUAAUCCCUACAUUAUCACCAACAGGGCAGCUGCUGUUUGUAUUGCAGAGCUUUCUAAGAACAAGAAGUGUGCUAUUCUCUUCAGACAGAACGGCGGUAUUUAUGGAUUGCUGACCUUGAUUGGAAGCACGGACUCACAGACACAGGAGGCUGCCGCUGUGGCCCUUAAGAACAUUCGGCAGAAGCAUAUCGCAUGCUUAGAGACCUAUACAAAGCGAAUAGAAAGGCAGCUAGCAACAGUCAAUAGCGACAAAGCUAUGGAGAGUGUUGUCUCUAUUCCGCUUCUAAAGGCAGCUGUGGAUGCCGUCUACACUGAUCUGGAGCUAAAUACAGAUGCGUCUGGGGGAAGCCCGCGAGCAAGGAGACAGGUUUCCAAACUAUUUCGACAGAGCACAACGCAGAUCCAAGAACCCAAUGAUCCCAGCUUUCUCAGUGCAGUCAUUCCAAAGUCCGCUGGCUCGUUGAACUGUGGGCAAUCGCUCCAAAUAUCAGUUCUGAAUGCCCCCAAGAUGGAUCCAAAUCCGAGAACGGUGACCCGCACCCCUGGGAAGCUCUCUAUAUCCGAUUUGAUGUACGGAGAGAGGCGUCAAGCGUCUCCUACCAUCGUACCAGGCACCUGCCCCGACUUUGAGCACGUCUCACCGGAUGUAAGUGGCCCCCUGACCGAGCCCAUGAUCGAGCCUGUGUUGAUACCAGUCGAGACGGCGCCUGCCGAGGACGACCCACUUACGGCAAAAAAGCAUAUGUAA